GCAAUGAGAGCUAAAAAAUUUGCGCGUAACCAAAUCAAACUUGCUAAAAAAUUACAAGAUCCUGAAUUGGAAUGUAAAUGUUGGAUCUAUUAUUCCGAGGGUUUAAUUCAACUUGGAAAGUUCAAGAAAGCCGAAAUGAUUAUAGAACAACAAAAAACUUUUGUAACCAAUGUUUUGCACGGUGAUCAAUUGAUCAUGAGCAUGUGUGAAAAUGCAAAUAUGAAAUUAAAUGCUGCUAUAACAAAAAAUACUUACCAAAAUUUUAUUUGA